AAACUGGUUUUACCCCAGAGCUCGACUGGCUGACUCACCCAUGAGUCAGGGUGUGUUGAGGACCACAGUCCAGGAAGCUUCAGGACAAACGAGAUAAAGAAUGAGCCGUGUCCAAUCAGGAUUCAGAAGAGCGGCCAUAAACCCCUCAGGCAAGCCCAGGAUACUUUGCCAGAAUACACACCUGAGUUUCAGUUUUAUUGAGCACAUACUUGUUUGUUUGGCAGCUUGCUUAUAUGGAUUUUUUCGUCAGGAUUUGCUUUAAAAGUCAAGGCUUUGAUGACCGGAGAGGAACCAGGGUAAACUGACUUGUUUUUGUUCAUGUCACAGAGACUGUUCUUCAGCCAUGGCCUCCAUGGAUUUGAAAUCUGUCACCCAGCCUGUGGGGAUUGUCCGAAUGAUCGCCACAGUCCUGGCUUGCGUUUGUUUCAGCCUGGUUGCAUCAGCGGGACACAUAGCGUCUUCAUACUGGGCAUGGUGCAUGUUUAGCUGGUGCUUCUGCUGCUUCUUCACGCUCCUGAUUGUCAUCCUGGAGUUCACCACUGUCAACGCCAAGUUGCCCUUCGCCUGGGAAGACUUCACUGCCGCUUUUGCAAUCCUGGCAUGCCUGUUGUGCCUCUCUACCUCCAUCAUUUACCCCGCCUUCUUCACCUGCGGCACGUGUAAGCAGCAGAUUGGAGCCACCGUGGUUUCCUGGGUUUGCUUGGCCUUGUACGUCGGAGAGGUGGUCUUAACACGUCUCCGCUCAACGGGGCAGAACAACGGCUUCCUCUCCACAAUACCCGGCAUAAUGAAGAUCCUGGAGACCUUCAUCGCCUGUAUUAUCUUCACGUCCAUGGAGAACGCGCAGUACGCAGGCUCCCCACCCAUGCAGUGGUGCGUGGCCGUGUUCUCCUUAUGCUUCAUCUUUGCCAUCGUCCUGGUCGUCCUGAGCCUGGCACAGCUCACCUCCUUCAUCCCUUUCUCCUUUGACAAGAUAACGAUUGUCUAUAACAUCCUGGCGACAGUGAUGUACAUGACGGCCAUGGUGAUAUGGCCGCUGUACAGCUUCAGCAUCGGACAGAGUAACAGCCAGCUGGUUCCUAACAAGGAUAAACUGGUGGUGGUGACGGUCAUGGCGGUGUUUAACGUCAUCGUUUACACUCUGGACACCAUCUACGGCCUCCGUCUCGUCUUCUGCAUCCACACUGAGUGAACUGCUGCUCAUCCAAAUGAUUCAGAUCUGUUUAGAACAAGUUCCCCAGUCUGUCUGUAAA